AUGGAGACAUUCUUUGCCAAUCUCUCCAUCGCUGGGGCAGCAGGCUCCGGUGGAAAGAUUGUCACAAGAGAGCUCCCGGAGAACAGCGAACUGAUACGAACUCUCUUGUCAGCCGCCUUGAACGGAAGCUUCGGACUGCGCCUGCACAAGCACCGUGUCAUCUUCGUCGUCCGCUCCAUACUCCCCGAGCCAUCGCAUGCCCAACAGGAACAAAAACACUUCUAUCGAAUCGCCCGGAUGUCUCCACUCCUGUACGCCGCCGCUUCGUUCACCGUAGUUGAAGCCAAGCUCGACACAAGCACCAACACCAUCUUGAUCAGGGAUAAGGACAACUGGGUUGACGUGGCUAUUUGGGUCAUGUCGACUUUCCCUCGGUCUAAGGAUGAUUUCUUCGGCCUCGGAUCUCCACUGUGGUGCACCGCAUACCUGUGGGAUAACAAUGGCAAGCACUUCAAGUUCACGAAGCUCCCUGCGGAGAUGAGGAACAAGAUAUACGACGCUUGUGCCGACUUCGCAUACCCGUACUACUGGAUGCGUGACGGAGCUAGACUUCAUUCCAGCACCUGCAACAUGAAGAGGGAACUACAAGGCCAAGCGCCAAUCAUGGGCCUCUUGCUAUCCAACAAGCGGGUUUCUGGAGAGUUCAAGCACCAGAUGUUCAAGAACUUGGAAGUGCGCUUCAUGGACGCCGACCUCUUCAAGGAAUUCGCGGACCCACAGCUUAGGAUGACGACAACCAGAGUUUGGCCACCUCUUCUCUCCAGACUAUCUCUUGAGUUCUCUGUACCCCAGUGGGCCAAGCGACUCGACAUUGGCUUUCCGACGACCGCCGUCACUGGAGUCUGUAACCUAUUCUGCAAGCUGCUGGAUCAGUUGGAGAUCUCCCAUCUCAGUCUCGACAUUCCGCACAUCGAGCAUGUCGACUACAGUUCAAUGUUCGAGCCUACAGACAAAGGCUGCCACAGAGUCUUUCUCGGCAUGCUUCUGUUGCAUCUUCAGCAGCACCACAUCAAGCGCAUCCCUCACGUCGAAGUCACUGGAUGCAUUCCGGAAGAUAUGAAGGCGACGUUCCAGAAGCUUCAUAACGAAGAGCUGGUUGAGGGAGGGGUGUCAGCUGUCACGGAGUGGGAUCUCAUCGGCGAUUCGACAAAGCUCAAAUCCCAGAACCUUUCCUGGAUCCAAUACUUGAGUAGUUUCUUCAGAACCCGGCGCAGCGUCUGCAGCAUCCUAGACGGCGGCGAAGCGCAUGGAUGCGAGAAGCUCUUCUGCACAGAUCAUUUCUGUCUGUCGAAGACUGGCUUCCGCAACCCGAAUUAG